ACCGGGACAAUAUUCUCUCCCAUCACUAAGCGUUGCUCGGGGAACCCUACUACCGAAAACACAUCUCACAGGAAUUAUCGAAAAAUUUGUGAAUAUCAAACAUCGCCUCAUCAGCUCCGCGAAUGAUGGCAAAAAUGAAAACAGUCUUCGCGAUGAUUGUGGCGUGUGCCUUAGUUGUGGGCACAUCUUUGGGGAGCCACGGAAAUGCUCAGACCAUCGCUCCAUGCAGACCAGGCUUCUCCCAGAGCUUCUACACCUUGUUUGUCCCCAGGGGUGUGCUGCAAGGCCUGAACAUUCACAGAGAAACCCUGCUGUCAUCUGGCCAAGUAAAGUUCGAAACCUGCCAGCAAAUAGAGAAGGUCUAUUUCAAGAGCAGUGACCCUAAGUUCAGCAUUCGGCCAGAUGGCUCUCUUUUCAUAGUGCAAGAUGUGGCGAAUUUAACCGAACCAAUACAUUUCAUGUUGACGGCCAGAGACAGCACGGACAAACACAUCUGGGAGACCACAAUUAAACUGGCUCUCGGUGGACACCCGCUAUCUCCUGCUAUGAACCAGAUUGCUGGGGAUGGUUUAUAUGCUAGAUCCUCCCAAAGCCACUAUCAAAAUCCUCAACUCUUUGCGUUUCCACGACAACACCAGCGAGGCUCCACCAGUGGGCUGAGACGACAGAAGCGAGACUGGGUCAUUCCACCAAUCAACGUGCCUGAAAACUCGCGAGGACCCUUCCCUCAAGUUCUUGUCAGGAUUCGAUCGGACCAGGACAAAGAGAUUGAGAUCCGGUACAGUAUAACAGGAGCCGGAGCAGACCAGCCUCCCAGUGACAUCUACAUCAUAGACCCCGUAACAGGGAAAAUGUCUGUCACCAAACCUUUGGAUAGAGAGGAGAGAGCCUCCUACCAUCUUAGAGCCCAUGCAGUGGAUAUUAAUGGGAACCAAAUGGAGCCUCCUAUCGAUCUGUACAUUUAUGUCAUAGACAUGAAUGACAACAGACCUGAGUUUAAGAACCAAGUCUACAACGGAUCUGUCGCUGAAGGGUCCAAACCAGGCAAUUCUGUAAUGCAGGUAACUGCCUUCGAUGCCGAUGAUAGCACCACGGCAAAUGGGAUGGUGCACUACCGCAUCCUUAGCCAGACACCACACAUCCCCAUCCCCAACAUGUUCACCAUUAACGGAGCCACGGGUGAGAUCAGCACCAUCGCUGCAGGCAUCGACCGAGAGAAAGUGUCCCAGUACACCAUCAUAGUCCAGGCCACAGAUAUGGAGGGCAGCCUAAACUUUGGCCUGUCGAAUACAGCCACUGCCCUCAUUAGCAUCACAGACAUCAAUGACAACCCUCCAGAGCUGGAUGCUAAAACAUUUCUCGGGGAGGUCCCGGAAAAUGCUGUGGGUGUGGUGGUGGCUAAUUUGACAGUGAGGGACAAGGAUCAGCCUCACACACCCAACUGGAACGCUGUUUAUAGGAUUGUGGGAGGAGAUCCAAUGGGUCAUUUUGCCAUACGCACUGAUGAGAUCAGCAAUGACGGCAGGGUCAUGGUGGUUAAGCCUGUGGACUAUGAGCGCAAUGGAGCCUUUAUGCUGACAGUGGUGGUCUCAAACCAGGCUCAUCUGUCCAGUGGCAUACCCUCCUCCCUUUCCUCCACGGCUGGGGUUACUAUCACAGUGCUGGAUGUCAAUGAAGCCCCUGUCUUCCCAUCCAACUCUAAAAUCAUCCGUUUUGAAGAAGGAGUUCCUGCUGAAACCACCCUCAUAAACUUCGCUGCACUGGAUCCCGACCGCUUCAUCCAACAAACUAUCAGGUACUCCAAACUAUCAGAUCCAGCAAACUGGCUCAAAAUCAACAGGACCAAUGGAAGGAUCACCACCACAGAAGUUCUGGACCGUGAGUCGCCGUAUAUGAAGAAGAACAUAUAUGAAGCAACCUUUUUGGCCGUGGACAAUGGUUCCCCUCCUGCCACAGGAACAGGUACUCUCCAGAUCUAUUUGAUAGAUGUGAAUGACAACGUACCUGUCUUAGUUCCCCAAGAGGCUCUGGUUUGUGAGAGGUCACGGCAUGGAAAUCCAGUGAACAUCACAGCCUCUGAUUUAGAUACAGAGCCCAAUGCUGGCCCAUAUGUCUUUGAGCUGCCCUCUUACCCCUCCUCUGCCCGCCGUAACUGGACCAUCUCGCGUCUGAAUGGCAACUAUGCCCAGUUGAAACUGCGGAUCCCGUACCUGGAGGCAGGCAUGUAUAGAGUUCCUAUUUUAGUUUCCGACUCCGGAAACCCUCCACUUUCCAACACUUCAGUCUUGAAGGUGAAGGUGUGUCCUUGCGAUGAAAAUGGAGACUGCACUGUGGUCGGGGCAGUGACUGUUGCCAGUUUGGGAACUGGGGCUAUCGUCACCAUUCUCAUCUGCAUCAUUAUACUGCUCAGCAUGGUGCUGUUCUUUGUAAUGUGGGUGAAGCGAAGAGAAAAGGAGCGUCAGAUGAAACCUUUAUUGAUUGACCCUGAGGAUGACGUCAGGGAUAAUAUUCUGAAGUAUGAUGAAGAGGGUGGAGGAGAGGAAGAUCAGGACUAUGACCUGAGUCAGCUGCAGCAGCCCGAGUCUCUAGAUCACAUCAUGAGCAAGCCUGCAGGUGUACGGAGAGUGGACGAGAGACCUGUUAUCCUAGAAUCUCAGUACCCUGUGCGACCAACAGUACCACACCCUGGAGACAUCGGGGAGUUCAUCAUUGAUGGUCUGCGUGCGGCAGAUAAUGACCCCACUGCUCCCCCCUACGACUCCCUGCUGGUGUUUGACUACGAGGGCAGCGGCUCCACAGCAGGCUCUGUCAGCUCCCUGGACUCCUCCAGCUCUGGGGAACAGGACUACGACUACCUCAAUGACUGGGGUCCACGCUUCAAAAAGCUUGCAGACCUCUAUGGAGGUGGAGGGGAGGACUAAAGAUGUGAACUACAGGAAGCUGGAGGGGAACAGAGGGGGCCAGGAGGGACAAAUCACUUCUCAGAUGUUUUAUCUGAGUAUGCCAAGCCUCCGAAGCAGGCUGAAUAUUUCUCAAAAAAAGUUCCUCUGCAAGCUACGGAGGCAUCAAGAGGGGGAGAUUUUUGCCCUGCAGCCUGCUCUGGACCUUUGCUGCAAUCCACAAGUAUUUUAUGGCUUUUUACAAUAUUUCACAUUGUGGUUUCUUAAGUGUUGUUUUGUCAUUCCUCUCGGACUGCCUGGAGGCGGAAGACGUAAUUGAGACGUGACAGGGAAGGUGAACUCUCUGCGCACAGGAGUAAAAUAAAAAACAAGUCUGCGCACUCUCUUUCUCUGUUUGCUUUAUCACUGAGGAGAGUUCCACACACACUUUUUCUCUCAACUUGAAUUUAGAACAGAAGCACUGUCGUUGAUAAAGUGCCUUUUGUGGUUUUGUAUCGGACUCCUGCAAUCUCAGGGUCGGUUGCCAUUUUGAAAAGUUUCUUCUGUUGGGCACACUCUUUCAUUCCUGUCUGCUCCUCUCUACUACUUUUCCUUUCCUUUCAUCCCUGCAUUAAUGGUGCAGAAUGCCUCUUUGACUGCCAUGUGACAAACAAACAAAAGGAAAUGGAAAAUGUUUUGUCAAGACUUUUGUUGAUAAAGACAGAGACUCAUGUUCCUUGAGAAAUCUCAUUCACCCUUGAGGUAUUGGAGUGUAAGAAGUACAGUGAUCCAAUUCUAAAAUCAUAAUUAGUUUUUUCUUAAAUACUUGACCGACCACAACCAUAUAAUGUUAUGUUGUGUGCAAAAUCAAGGUCUUUAUUUUUAAAGAAGAAAAAACAUUAAUGGAGAAUGCCUAUUAGCUCAUACUCUUGCCUGCCUUGUACGAUUUUGUGUUGCGUUCCAAUUUGUAAAGGUAAUUUAGGCAUGACAAGUUGUCAGACAGCGAGACUAAACAUGAUGGCUGAAGAAACCCAACUUUAAAUGGAUUGCAUCAGAAGAAAUCUUUUUUUGGUCUUGAACAUUCCCCUUUUCUAACUUUGUAAGUUGAUUAAAAUAUUAUACGUGCAUGACUUCUUUCAAAACAAUGUCUCAAAUCUCUCGCACUUGUUCCUCUGUGAUCAGAAUGUGAUAUGUAGUUGGCAAAGAAUAUCCACCAUCAAUAUAAUCUGAAAAAAAAAAAAACAUUAAAAAAUAUAUGUUUUAAAUGCUGAAAUGUACUUAUUUUUGAAGUAUUAUCUGAAACAUG